AUGCCAGCAUUGCGAUGCGUAUCAAACAACUGCGGAGACAUCUCAGAAGAGGAAAUAAGCACUAACGAUCAGAACAACAUAACAAUCCAAGACAAUAUACAACACGAACAGUACUUCAUGCUAACGGUCGUUCUAUUGUUAAUCGUAUUUGUAUGGAUCUCGGUGCUUUUCGCUUUACGGGUGGUUAAGAAAAUGACUGCGAUGAUGGGCUGUACAACCGAUCGAACACCGUGGUUAAACCAUGAGCUUGAUUUGGAAUACCAAGGAAUUGAAAUCUCGGAGGAUGAAAUACUGAUGAGUAGGAAGAAAAAUUAA